UCAUGUGACAGAGGUAGGUCAGGCUGAGCGGAGAGUCAGAGGGUUUAUUUAACUCGUCGCUCUGUCCUCCCCUACUUUCCCAACGCGCCACCAAGAGGGUUGUCUUCCUUCAAGCGGCGGGACGAGACGGCGUGGAGAAUCGCAGGGACUUACUUAAAACCGCAACGACGACGAGACAAGACUUUAUAAGAGUGACAGAUUUCUGGAAGCAUUUUAGUGCAUAUCACUAACUGCUGCUUGACAACUUUUUGCGCGUAAAUCCGUGCGUAAUUGUAUGUGACUGCACUGGGGGAAAAAAGUACCUCUACUUUGACUUUGACUGCGUAUUUGGAGUUUUUUUGAGGGGGAAAAAAAGAAGAAGAAGAGAGAGAGAGAGAAUGGAGCGAAUUCCAAGCGCGCAACCACCUCCUCUGUCCAAACACCAGGCGGACCUGACAGACGUGCAGGGGAUGGAUUUCCCGAUGUAUGUUUAUAAACCCAGGCGAGGAAUGAAAAGAGGAGAGGAGAGCAAGGAGACCUACAAGCUGCCUCACAGGCUGAUUGAGAAGAAGAGGCGCGACCGGAUAAACGAGUGCAUCGCUCAGCUGAAAGAUUUAUUACCGGAGCACCUGAAACUCACGACUCUGGGCCAUCUGGAGAAGGCUGUGGUUUUGGAGCUGACGCUCAAGCAUGUGAAAGCCCUCACCUCUCACCUGGAGCAGCAGCAGCAGAAGAUCCUCGCCCUCCAGAACGGCAUGCAAAUCGAGCAGCCCGCCGUCAGCCAGGAGAAGUCGGAGGAGAUGUUCCGCUCUGGCUUCCACGUGUGUGCCAAGGAGAUUCUUCAGUAUCUAGCCAGUCACGAGACUGAGGGAGACUUCGCGCCGUCCCACGUCAUCAACCACCUGCACAAGUUGGCCGCAGAGGUCCUGCAAAAUCCGAGCCGACCCCGCACCCCUCUCAGCCCUCCAGCCGAGGAGAUCCCCUCCUACCACCAGCACCAGCCUCACAAGGAGAUCCCCACCAGCUUACCCCCUAAACCCAGCGAGGGCUACGGGAGGAACUGCGUGCCUGUCAUCCAGCGGGCGUACGCCCCGCCGAGCAGCGAGCAGAGCGGCAGUGAUACGGACACAGACAGCGGCUAUGGUGGGGAGCUGGAGAAGACGGAGUCCGGGGCGCAGCAGGGGCGCCCAGAUUACUACGGUCAGGAGAGCCAGCUGAAGCGGGCGCUGGGCGAGAGGCAGAGCUCCGGCAUCAAGAGGGAGGACGAUGAGCCGCGCCACAAGCGACCCCGGGUGGAGUCGUCUGAGGAUGAACUGCUCUCAGGUGGAGAAUCAUCAUCGUCCUCCAGCGGUUAUGGUAGCUACAUGAGCGUCUCCCCCAACCAUCCACCUCCUCCUCCUCCACAUCCUCUCUGCAUGCCUUUCUACCUCAUUCCACCUUCUGCUGCAGCCUACCUGCCCAUGCUAGAGAAAUGCUGGUACCCCGGCGCCGUGCCCAUGCUGUACCCAGGCAUGGGAGGCUCCUCACCCACCAUGUCCAGCGAAAGACCGCCGCCACCUCAGCUAGUGAUGUCUCCCAGGGGAGGCUCUCCAGCCCCAGCCAUAUCUCAAACCCCCAUGGACUCCCCCGCCCUCCUUCAGGCACUAAAGCAGGUACCACCCCUCAACCUGGAAACCAAAGACUGAGAGAUGAGACAAAGAUGGAGCAGAGACAGUAGUCGGAAUGAGAAACAUGAACUGGUUCCGUCAUCCAUCCCGUAUCCUCGGUUCCUCCACCUUGAGGUCAAAACAUCAAACAACAGAACUUGUAGAAAUGAUCAAGAGGAGAUGGAGAGGAGAGCAGCAUCCAUCCACACUGGGACGAUGCAAAGCUCUAGUUGAAUGUUCAGUGGUAUUACUCAGUGCAAAUGUAUCAUAUAAAACCGGACCUGCCCAACAAACACACACCCACACACACACACACUUGAAUGUAAAGGAAGUUUUAGACGCUGCUGUUAAAGUCUAAAUGCAGAUGACACUGAUGCAUCUCACGUUGUAGCUGUUGCAAUAGAGACACGCCAUCUUUGUACUUGCCUCAGAUGUUAGCGGUUAUGAAUCACCCAAGUUUGUCGCCUAUGUCCUGUAGGUCACCUUUGCCAUCACUGAAAAUACCCAUCGAACCAGACACUAUGAUGACUGGCACCAUUAAACACAAGGGUCUCCUCAGCGUGUACAGACAAGAGUAAGGGUACACCCGAUGAAGGGAUGAAGGAAUGGGCCACCACACGACCACACUGAAUGAGAAGUCUCGUUUUUCAUUAACAAACAGACAGCUUAGAUGGAUUUUUCUGUAAUUAUUGUUCAUAGACUUCUUGUACAUUUCUAUUUUUGAUACCUGUUCUCGCACUCUGUCCGUCCGGAGACACAGAAGGUGGACAAGAGUGCGGACAAUUGUACUCAGAAACUGUGUACAUACUGUAGCACUGUGCUGGACCUGGUCUGCAUACUCAACAUCUGUUUCUGCUCAAGUCAAACCUGGUGUUUGUUCUUGCUGUUGCCUUGUGAAAAGCUGAUUAAAGCUCAGACGUUUAUUCUCUGUACUUGCGUAUGAAUACUGGAGUCAAAGGAGCGAGGUGGAGAGAAGUGAAUGUAAAAGUUUUACCAGAAGACUAGUUUUGUAUAGAAAGAGGUACUUGAGAUUUUAUAUUUUGGGACCUACAUGAAAGAUGUUUGAUGUACAUAUUUUGUCUAUAAAUGUUGAUAUACAUUAUAUAAGUGUAUUAAAUAAAGUAUUUUUUUCCCGUGGAAAA